GCUUUUGUGGUGGUUAGUAUCCCACCAGUGGUUCAAAAUGACUAAGCCUGUAUUUAUUAAUAUGUUCAUUUAAACCUCUUAGAAAGUAGUUGUAGUGUUUUAGAAAAUAAAAAUCAUUUCAAUAUGGGAGUUUAAGGUAUCUGAAUUGACAUGGUGAGUCCUUUUGAUAUUGCUCAUUUAUGUUUAAUUAUUACUGCAUAUCAUCUCAUGUUGAUCACUUCAAUGCUGUCAGAUGACAACAGCUAUUGCAGUUGAGGAUGUAAGAAGGGAGGUCAGGAUAUUGAAGGACUUGACAGGACAUAACAAUUUAGUGCACUUCUAUGAUGCAUUUGAAGAUCUUGACAACGUCUAUAUAGUGAUGGAGCUAUGCGAAGGAGGGGAGCUCCUAGAUAGAAUACUUUCAAGGGGUGGGAAAUACUCAGAAGACGAUGCGAAGGCUGUUAUGGUGCAGAUACUAAAUGUUGUUGCAUUUUGUCAUCUACAGGGUGUUGUGCACCGAGAUCUCAAACCAGAGAACUUUCUAUAUACUUCUAAGGAGGAGAACGCUCAGCUGAAAGUUAUAGACUUUGGCUUAUCAGAUUUUGCCAGACCAGAUGAAAGACUUAAUGACAUUGUGGGAAGCGCAUACUAUGUGGCACCUGAAGUUCUACAUAGAUCCUAUAGCACUGAGGCUGAUGUAUGGAGUAUAGGUGUGAUAGCUUUCAUUCUUUUGUGUGGUAGUCGUCCAUUCUGGGCCCGGACCGAGUCUGGAAUUUUUCAGGCAGUCUUGAAAGCUGAUCCCAGUUUCGAUGAAGCACCUUGGCCCACUUUAUCUCUAGAAUCAAAAGACUUUGUUAAACGCCUAUUAAACAAGGAUCCAAGGAAACGAAUUACUGCUGCUCAGGCUUUGAGUCAUCCUUGGAUCCGGAAUUAUAAUGAUGUAAAAGUACCUCUUGAUAUUAUGAUAUUCAGGCAUAUGAAGGCAUACAUGCGGUCAUCAUCUCUGCGUAAGGCUGCUUUAAGGGCAUUGUCUAAGACAUUGACAGCGGAUGAACUAUUUUAUCUGAAGGAGCAGUUUGCUUUGCUAGAGCCAAAAAAAAGUGGCAUCAUAACUUUGGAAAACCUUAGGAUGGCCUUGAUGAAAAAUGCAACAAAUGCAAUGAAGGAUUCUCGCGUCCCUGAUUUUCUUGCCUCGCUAAAUCCACUUCAAUACAGAAGGAUGGAUUUCGAAGAAUUCUGUGCAGCUGCAUUGAAUGUUCAUCAGCUGGAGACACUAGAUCAAUGGAAACAUCUAGCCCGUUCUGCAUAUGAGCUUUUUGAGAAGGAUGGAAACAGAGCAAUUGUAAUUGAGGAGCUUGCUUCAGAACUUGGGCUUGGCCCCUCCAUCCCAGUUCAUGCCGUUCUCAAUGACUGGAUAAGACAUACUGAUGGGAAGCUAAGCUUCCACGGGUUUGUCAAGUUGUUGCAUGGCACAUCCAGCCGAACCAUUGCUAAGGCACAAUAAAGAGCUACUAUAUCUAUGUUCUGUUGGAUGUGCUGCUUAUUCUUUGCUUCUAGGGCAAAAAAGAACAAAGAAAAAAA